CAGGUGAUUGUGAUCACAAGUUGUCCACCGUUCACCCAGUGUCCUACCAGAUGAUGACAUUCCACCAAAUCGUGUUAUAAAACCCACAAAAUCCUAAAGAUUCAGCUUAAAAGGACGUUAAUUCCAUUGUGAUGCAGUGAAUUGUUGAGUAACUAUUGUUUGAACAUGUUCGGUGCCUUAUUGUUACUUAAUUGUCGUCGAAUAACUAUCAGUUGAACCAAUUGUCUUAUCGCUAACCACGAUAGACACGUUUCAGUGAAACAGUUGAUGAUACACGUAUGUGGGAUUAAUGUCAGGUGUGACACUGUGAAAAUCUAUCUAUACUUUCCAUUUGUCGUUCUAAUGAGAUAGAAUACGUGUCAAGGUGGACUUUUGGGCAGGGUUCCAUCGGUUUUCACAGCAGGUGAUUCUGGGACAAUGUCAUUUCCGCCCUUGGUGAGCUCGACUCCACCUCCAUUGGAUCACAAUUUCCGAGAGUCCGAUGACGAUGACGAGUUUGGAGAUUUCGCUGCAGGUGCACUUGACGGCUCUUCAACAACCUCAGAAUCCCCCCAGAAGCUGUUGACACCACUUCAAACCCCGGUAUCAUCAGUGGCUCCAUCGCCCCGGGUAAAUGGCACCACCGAUUACUCACCAUCUCCAAAGCCCCCCACAAUUGACCCCAAAAAAGACCUCGAUGACGACAUAAUAAUAACCGUUGAAAAGACUAACGACACUGUGAGCAGUAUAAAGCUAGACAAUAGAACUAGUGGUAGUUUAAAAGAUAACGAUUACGAUUCCACCAAUAUCGAGCCUAGUGAUACCUAUAAUAACGUUUCUAGCCCCGACAAGAGGAGCUUCGAUCAUAUUCUCGAUGACAAGUCAUCUGAGAAUGAUAUCGACAAGAAAGACAUUGAUUUGCGAUUAGUUACGAGUAGCAAUAGCAGUAGUUUAGCUGAUAGUUGUUUCAAGAGUGAUUCCUCCACGAAUAUCGAGGCUAACGACGACGUGGAGCCCCUGAGUCUGGUCCUAGACGACCCCACAACAUCUGGGGAUCAUCAAGACCAGCCUGACUACCAGGGGAAUCCCAGACCUCCAGACCUCGAGGACGACUUCUACGACUACGACAAAUUCAACAAUUCCCUGGAGUGUGAUUACGACUCGAAUAAUUGUUUAAAAAACCCUGCAGACUCCCCCCAGGACGAUGAUCAGCAUCUGCAGGAUCACAGGACCCAGAAAAGAAUUCCCGAACCCUCAGAGGACAUCUUUGGAGACAUAACUUCGGAAUUCUCGACCUACCUCAUCAAUUCUCAUGGGAAUAACGAGUUUGUCCAUCAUUUCACGAUAUCUGAGGCUGAUGGGGAUCAUGAGAGGGUCCUGGAGGCACCUGUCCAUCAUCCUGAUGACAAAUCAAACGAUAAAUUUGCUCAAUUUGAUGUUGAGUUUUGUGGGAGUGAGAGAGUCGAGAUUGUUAAGAGUGUAAAUAAUAAUUUGAGCGUUCAGGGGGAAUUUCAAGAUGAUUUUUGUGAUCAUAGGGGCGGGGAGGAGGGGAGGGGGGCUGGGGGAGAGACAGUUGUUGAGGGGGAGGAGAUUAGCACGAAAAAAUUGGAUUUGUUGGGGGGAUUGGAAACUUUGGAGACAUCAUCGGGGGCUGGAGACGAUUUAGAAAGCUUUUCGAGAUUCAGGGAGGGGGAGAGUACCUGCGCGAGGAUAGGGGAGGGGGAGGGAGGAGUUUCUGGGACUCUGGGGAGAGAGGGGAAGAGUGGGGGCGAUGGAGAUGAGUUUUCAGAGUGGGAGUUCCAGGGGGACGACAACUUCGGGGACUUUGCUGAUUUCUCCAGUGAAUCUGUGGCUCAAGGACAGAGUGAUUGGGGGAAGGAUGCGCAGGGAACUGGACUGGUGGCCGGUGAUGAUGGGGGGGAUGGUGAUGAUGAGUUUGGGGACUUUGGAUCCUGCCCGGCUCCUGUAGAGGAGAAUCACGUUAGUUUUGAUUUGAGAGAGUCUAUCUGUCGGAUAGAUAAUAAGAAUGUUGCUAAUAAAAUUGAGGACAUAAUUCUGAAUAUGUUUCCAACGGUUCCCGAGCCCCGUCCCGUGGAUGUGGCGACCUUGAUAGCAGGAGAGGACGUCAUUUGGAGUUCCCUGAAGAAUAUCGAGGAGACGAAUGCCUUGAGCUACCAGUGGAGCAACAGUGCCAGUAAUAAUGCACUUCUGGGGGCUCUGGGGAUCGACUCGAGGAAUAUUCUAUUCGGGCCUAGAUGGAAUCCAAACAUUCCGAGAUUCGCAGCGAACCUGGGGUAUGCUCCCUUGGAGCCCAUGAAAGCAUCAAGCGCUGAGGGACAUCCGUCAAUAACGUCAUCCUCCAGUAAAUCCCAAAACUCAACAAAUUUGGAGGAAGUACCAGCUGCUCAAUUCGACUGGAACAGCUCAGGUCUCGUGAACCCCCUAGACGCAAGUGGUGGGCUGUCAGCACUUCUGCCACUAGAUUUAUUGUAUCCAUUUGAUCCUUUACUCACCACUCCCCAUUGUUCCGGGCACUCCGAGUCCUAUCACCAUCACGCUGCUUGUACCAGGAGCUCGAUAUAUUACUAUCCUGGGGACUCCCCCAUCGACUCUCCCGCAGAGGCUGGACCUCUGAAGCACCCGAGACAACCCCAGACAUCCAGAAUAAUCGAGCCCCUGCCCGGACCCAGUACAAUCGACUGGAAGAAGAAGCCCAAGGCGUCAGAACUGAAGGCUGACCCCAGGAUCUCCUCUCAGAAGCUCCUGAAACCCCAGCAGAAGCCACUCCCAGUGAAUUCCACCCCCAAAGUAGAACCGAACAAAUGUGAUAUCAAGUCUGGAGAUCGCAAGGGAUCUCUGGUUAAGAGAGAUCCAGAGCAUACUGUCCUCGACAGAUAUGGGAGGCAGAUGGUUGUGAAGCCAGAGACUGUUCAAGUUCUCAAACAACUGCCCGAUCUCUCGUUUCUCAGUGCCAGAACUUUACUCUUCAAUCCUGAACAGAAGCAGAUUAUUCAGGAUCUUGGUGCUAUGAUCAAUAGGAAGAUGCCUGGCUGAGUAACGUCGGUCUGAAUGCGUGUUUGAAGAUCGGUUUAUGAUAUUGAAGAUUUUCUUUGCGAAUUGAAAGACAAAAUUUAAGAGGAGACUACUAUGAGUUAAGUCGUGGGCUAUUGGAGUGAGAUUUCUCACGCAUUGAAGAUCAAUUAUAUAUGUUUAAAAACGCAUAAUUAGCGCAAAACAGUAAUUGUUUAUUGUUUGUUUACCCCGCAGACGCUUAAAACGUUAAAAACAGUCCAGGGCCUCCAA